ACGGAAGUGACGUUUGAGAUAUGAUUACCUGUCAGCUCCUGUCAAAUUUAGUGCGUUCAGAUAAUGCAUGUAGUCUUUUAAACAAGAUUAACAAAUUGCCCGUUCCUCACUAUUAAAUUGUCCCGUUCAGAUGACUUUUAUUCUGUAUUUUUAUGACGUCGUAACCAGCUUUAUGAUUGCGCUCCUGUGAUUGAAAGCACCGUCCCGUGUAUUACAUUCUGCGCGACGAGAUGAAACUUGUCAAAAUCCUAGUCAGACAUUAUUAGUCGUGUUGAGGGGGUAAAAUGGACUAUAGUCGUAAACGGAGGCUGACAUUCUCGACUAUAGGACUGAUUUUCUUACUCAGUGGGAUCGAGUAUGCUGUGAUUUUGCCCACAAUAUGGAUGUAUCUGCAGACACUAAAUGCGGCACCAUACUUCCUUGGUCUCAUCCUUUCAGCAUUUAGUUUCAGCGGUCUUCUCGCCGGUCCUCUGUUUGGCCACUGGUCAGAUCGCACCCGCUCCACCAAAAAAAUUAUCCUGUUUGCAAAUGUUUUUGAGAUUAUUGGUAAUUUAAUGUAUUUUAUGGGAUACUCAAAAUGGUUAUUGCUUUGUAGUCGUCUAGUUGCAGGCAUUGGCAAUGGAGCUGGAUCAUCUAUCUUUGGAUUUUUGACUAGAAAUACUCUGCCUGAUGAACGCUCCACUGUAUUUGCUGUGGUUAUGGCCACCCGACAAGCUGGACUGCUCAUCGGUCCUGCAUUUAAUAUCUUUCUUAGACUGUGUAACUUUCAAGUUGGACCUUUCAUAGUGAACAAAUUCACAUCUCCAGGGGGAUUCAUGUGCCUGCUGUGGAUCCUUCUGCAGUUUGCUGUCAUGUUUAUGUACUGGGACAUCAAUCCUCAGGAUGAUGCACAUCAAAGGAAUGGGGCGGUACAAGUAGAUGUGCAUCAGGAUGAAGUUGAGGAAGAGGAUGCAGAGAGCAAACCUUUAGUUGGGCCUAAUGAACUCACUGGGUCAUACGGCACAGUCACCAGCGUCCAGAUUAGACCCAACAAUGUUUCCCCUCCACCAACACCCCCACCUAAGGAAGUAACCUCAAGUCCCUUCAAGAACUUUAGUGCCAGCAGAGAGUUUCUCAGAGAGGAGGUGGUUGUGCUAUUGGCAGCUCAGUUUAUCACACUGUUUAAUCAAACUGCUCUGGAGACUAUGGUGACUCCUCUGACGCAGCAGUAUUUUAACUUUGGCGAGCUGGAAAACAGCAUCAUGUACUGUUUAUGCAGCGUGGAGGUGAUUGCCGGCUUCCUGUUUGUGCGCUGGUUGAGUAAGCGUGUGACGGAGCGGGUGGUGCUGGUCGUCGGCCUCAUUCUCAGCAAUAUUUCCUGCGUCUGGUGUCUUAUAUUUUUGGCCAAUCCCCAGGGUGGAUACGCGUGGCAGCUGGCGGAGUUUAUCAUCGGGGUUUUCCUUCAGGUCCUGGGUGCCCCUUUUGUGGCGGUCGCACAGGUGUCUCUCUUUUCAAAAGUAACAUCAGAGAAAACACAAGGAUUCAGUCAGGGAAUUCGCCGUUCUGUCGGAGGGCUGGCCACCAUUCUCGGUCCUCUAUGGGCGGGCGGUCUGACCUUUAACCUUUAUGUGAUGCUGGGAGUGAUGAUGGGCCUGCUUGUAGUGCUCACUAUUAUGGUAGCGAUCUCGUACGAUCGUCUGGUGGAGCCAGUGACCACAAUAGACAAUCCCACAGACUCACAGUCCGAGGAAUGUGACCAGGAAAUUGUCACAAGAACAGUCAGCAAAUGAAUGAAUAAUCUAAAGGAACACAGGAAACCAAGCAAAAAGAGUCUCAUAAUAUAAGAUUUUUGUUCUCACUGCUUCUUUGAUCAAAGAAACGACUCUUUUGAAAACCGUACAGUUCUGCUAUAUUUCCUAUGGAAAUUUCAGUAGAUCCGAUAUUUUAUGAGUUAUUAUUGAUGACAAGUCCUGAGAGAAAAAAUCCUUUUACUUGAGCCAUGAGGUUUUUAUAUUGUGAAUAAAGAGAAUAAUGGAGUGCACUGUAAGAAAAAAAAUGGUCUGUAGCUGUCACUGUGCAGUACUUUUAAAAAGGGUCCUAAUGUACCAUUUGGUGCAGAUAUUUGGUACCAAUAUAUACCUCUGAGAUAGUAAUAUGAAAGGGUACAGCCCCAGUGACAGCCAAUGACCAUUUUUUGACCAUUUUAUUUUCUGACAGUGUAGGAUUUGAACAAAUGUAGCUGAUUGCUCCAUUAAAAUAGAUUAAUGGUGCGUUUUUGAAACUAUGAACUUUAUAUAGGUCAUUUUAAGGAAAAAUAAGCUAUAUGUGCUAGGAAAAGAUUUCAGUGUAUUGGGGUACAGGGUUAAAUAUCAGUGUAAAAAUAACCCUCAUUAUCUCUCAUAAUGUGCAGUUUUCUGAGAAAAGCCCAGGGAUCAAACACAAGUAUAUUGUUUUAAAAUGCUUUGAUGCCUUUGUUUUGUUUGUAUGUGGGAGUUGUGUCAUAGUUGAAUCAUUACUGUACACAAGAGGGCGCCCUUCACCCAAAAACAAUUUAGCAAACAUUUAUGGGGCCAAUUACAUUUAGGGGCAGUUUUCCAGACCAAGUUUAAAUUAAUCCAGAAUUAGGCCUUAGUUAUUUUAGGACAUUUAAGUAGUUUUACAAACCUCACAAAAACUAUACGGGUGUGCAUUUUGAGAUAAAUAAAACAAUGUGACUGAUAUAUGUUAAAAUAUGUCAGUGCAAGGUGUUCUGAAAUUAAAGCGCAGCUCAAACAUGCAUUUUAGUCUAGGACUAGGAUAAGCCUUGUCUGGGAAAGUUUAGGUUUUUCAUGUAUUAGUAACUUUCUGAGUUUACAGUAAAAAUAUUCUCAUUUACAGAAAAAGUGUACACAAUUUUUUUCUGAUUUUUAUAAUAUGCACUAGCUUGUAUGUAAUGUUAGUUAGUUUGGUAUCACUUCACAAUAAAGCCCUAUUUGUUAACUUGUAAAUGUACUUGCUAAUACGAACUAACAAUGAGCAAUAUUUUGUAUAGUGUUUAUUAAUUUUUGUUCUUGUAUGAUAAUAUAGUUUAUUGUUCAUUCAUGUUGAAUGAAUAUUGUUGAAAAAAUUAUUGUGCAAAACGAAUCAUUUUGUAAAUGUUCAAAUAAAUAUUAACUACAAUUAAUACAUGCUAAAUAUUAUUAAAACAACAACAUAUUACUCACUUUUAUCACAUUCAAUUUAUAUAAUUACAAAACUGAGAUUAUAGUUUGUAUUGUUCAUUUUGUUAAUAGCAGAAAUGCUUUGUUUCUAAUCUAUGUUCAGUGGUGUAAUGCCUUAUUUAUUUUUAAAGAUUGAUUUUUGUGGUAUUUUAAGUAUUGUAUACUGUGUCAUAAAUUUGUAUUCAUUUAUAGCCAUGUGCUGAUAUGUGUCACCAAAAACAAGAUGAUUUAUAAACGGUUUUAUUUGUUACAUAUUUGUAUUUUAUUUUUAAGCAGAUUUUAGUCAUUUUGUUUUUAUUUAUAUUUUAAUUUGUCAAUAUUUAAAAAUUCUAAAAUUCUUUCUUGUUUUCUAAUCUUUUUUUUUGUAUAAUUUAGAUUUCUAAAGAAAUAUCUGCAAUUUUUGUGAUAAUGUCUACUUAAAACUUUCUUGUUUUUUUGUUUAUUUUGUUUUAUUUUACUUGCUGAUAUUAUUUUUUCAAAUGUUAACAUACAUAAAAAGCCCAACUAAUAUAAAAAAUAUGUAAUAAAUAAAUAUUAAAAUUGAGGUUAUUAAUAGAAUGUGCUUUGGCGGGCAACUCACAGACACUGUGCGGCCAACCUAAUGUCCAUUCUGUGCUGUACAUUUCUUCAUCAAGUGAAACUUUUUGAUUGAUCUUUCCAAUUUUGUGUUUAUGUGUUUAGUUUAAUUACUUUGAUAUCAGCCAUAAUGAAAUAGUAAUACCAUGGUUAUUACAUAUACGUAAAUCAUUCUGUAUGUCUACCAUAUUCAUAUUUUUCACAUUUCAUGUUAUUUACAUGGUAUGGACUUCCUUCCUAAAAUGGUUUAUUUGGAGUAUCAAUAAUAUUAGAUGAAUAAAUCUAAAGAAAGAUUUUG